UAGAUUCACACCAGCGCGGAAGGUUUGCAGCACCGCUAAACGCAGGAGAACAGCGACCCGUCCGGGAAUCUCACCGGCUGGCUUGGCUGUUUCAUUCUUACUUGGAUACUGACGCGUUGAUCAGGCUUCGCCGGCCAAACAAAGGGAUUCAUCUUUUUAAUUUCAGGUUUGGACGUCGCUCAGGCUGAGGGAUUGACGCAACGAUGGCUACCCAGUCUGACCUUAUGGAGCUUGAUAUGGCCAUGGAGCAGGAUCGUAAAGCCGCUGUGAGUCACUGGCAGCAGCAGUCCUACCUGGAUUCAGGUAUUCACUCUGGGGCCACCACCACAGCGCCGUCUCUGUCAGGCAAAGGCAACCCUGAGGAGGAGGAUCUGGACAACCAGGUGCUCUUUGAGUGGGAGCAGGGCUUCAACCAGCCCUUCACACCUGAGCCGGUGGCAGACCUGGAUGGGCAGUAUGCCAUGACCCGUGCACAGCGUGUCCGUGCUGCCAUGUUUCCGGAGACUCUCGAUGAGGGCAUGCAGAUUAUUUCUACCCAGUUUGACUCCUCCCACCCCACCAAUGUGCAGCGGCUGGCCGAGCCUUCCCAAAUGCUCAAACAUGCCGUUGUCAAUCUCAUUAACUACCAGGAUGAUGCUGAACUGGCCACCAGAGCAAUCCCUGAGCUCACCAAACUUCUCAACGAUGAGGACCAGGUGGUGGUGAACAAAGCCGCAGUGAUGGUGCACCAGCUCUCCAAGAAAGAGGCCUCUCGCCACGCCAUCAUGCGCUCUCCCCAGAUGGUGUCGGCAAUCGUGAGGACCAUGCAGAACACCAAUGAUGUAGAGACUGCCCGUUGUACUGCCGGCACCUUACACAACCUGUCCCAUCACAGAGAGGGCCUCCUCGCUAUCUUUAAGUCAGGAGGAAUUCCUGCCCUCGUCAAGAUGCUCGGGUCCCCCGUUGAUAGUGUGCUGUUCUAUGCCAUCACCACCCUUCACAACCUCCUGCUUCAUCAGGAAGGUGCUAAAAUGGCUGUCCGUCUUGCUGGAGGACUUCAGAAGAUGGUGGCCCUGCUCAACAAAACCAAUGUCAAAUUCCUUGCCAUCACCACAGACUGCUUACAGAUCCUGGCAUACGGCAACCAGGAGAGCAAGUUGAUCAUCCUGGCCAGUGGAGGACCUCAAGCUCUGGUCAACAUCAUGAGAACAUACACCUAUGAGAAACUGCUCUGGACCACAAGUCGUGUGCUAAAGGUGUUGUCUGUCUGCUCCAGCAACAAACCCGCCAUUGUUGAGGCUGGUGGUAUGCAAGCUCUUGGUCUUCACUUGACAGAUCCCAGUCAGCGUCUGGUUCAAAACUGCCUGUGGACUCUCAGAAACUUGUCAGAUGCUGCCACCAAGCAGGAAGGGAUGGAAGGACUUCUUGGCACUCUGGUUCAGCUUCUUGCUUCAGAUGACAUCAAUGUGGUCACCUGCGCUGCUGGCAUACUAUCUAACCUCACGUGUAACAACUACAAGAACAAGAUGAUGGUUUGCCAAGUGGGUGGAAUCGAGGCCCUGGUCCGUACUGUUCUCAGAGCUGGUGACAGAGAGGACAUCACCGAACCUGCUGUUUGUGCGCUACGCCAUCUAACAUCCAGACACCAAGAUGCUGAGAUGGCCCAGAAUGCAGUGCGUCUUCAUUACGGCCUGCCUGUAGUGGUCAAACUGCUGCACCCACCCUCACACUGGCCGUUAAUUAAGGCCACAGUCGGGCUGAUCCGUAAUCUGGCGCUAUGCCCAGCCAAUCACGCACCACUCCGAGAGCAGGGUGCGAUUCCCCGGUUGGUCCAGUUGCUGGUGAGGGCACACCAGGACACCCAAAGGCGCACUUCAAUGGGCGGCACACAGCAACAGUUUGUGGAGGGAGUUCGUAUGGAGGAGAUUGUGGAAGGCUGCACUGGAGCACUUCACAUCCUGGCCAGAGACGUACACAACAGAAUCGUCAUCAGGGGGCUCAACACUAUCCCCUUAUUCGUACAACUGCUGUAUUCUCCUAUUGAGAACAUCCAGCGGGUAGCAGCAGGAGUUUUGUGUGAGCUGGCUCAAGAUAAGGAGGCAGCAGAGGCCAUUGAGGCAGAAGGAGCCACGGCUCCUCUCACAGAGCUGCUGCACUCCAGGAACGAGGGAGUGGCCACAUACGCUGCAGCAGUUCUGUUCCGCAUGUCUGAGGAUAAGCCUCAGGACUACAAAAAACGUCUUUCUGUGGAACUUACCAGCUCUCUUUUCAGAACGGAGCCCAUGGCCUGGAACGAGACUGGUGACCUAGGCCUUGAUAUUGGUGCUCAGGGAGAGCCUCUUGGAUACAGACCAGAUGACCCCAGCUAUCGUUCUUUCCACUCUGGCUACGGUCAGGAUGGUCUGGGUAUGGAUGGCAUGCUGGAGCAUGAGAUGGGAGGCCACCAUCCUGGAACAGAGUACCCCGUAGAAGGAUUGCCCGACUUGGGCCACGCUCAGGACCUGAUGGAUGGCCUGCCCCCUACAGACUCCAAUCAGCUGGCCUGGUUCGACACGGACCUCUAAACAUUCACGGUCUACAAGUAUUGAAGCUGUAUGUUGAAUGAGUCUGCAUUGUGAUUUGAAGAGUCGUGGAAGGUUUGCCAGAGGGUGGGCUAGUGUUUCAGAAAGAGGGAUUGUGACGCGGAUGCUGAUGAGUGCACAUGAAAGGGAUCUUUUAAGAUGGAACUAUUUUAACCUUUUUUUUGUUGUUUUUUUUCCCUUAAAUCAGCCUUUUCAUGGUACUGACCCUAGCUUGGUUUUUAAACCUGAUCUUUUUUUUUUUUGUUUCUGCCAUUUUAAUUUGUAUUCCAUAUUUUUUCUUUUUCUUUUUUUUUUUAUGUCUUCUAUAGUGUUAAGUUGUAGUGGACUUGCCUCAUUGGUUUCUGGAUCUUUAUCACGUGCUAGUGUACAACACUAAUCUCAGUUCCUAUGUAAUCUGACUGAAAGUGUAACAAUGUGUAGCUUUUUAUAUGAUCAGUUAAAAUAGUGGUUGUUGGGAGUACAAAAAAAUUAUAUGCAUUCUUACAAAAUGCUUAAAGUUGAGUAAGGAGAAGCCGUUUUCAAUGUCACUAUUGUUCCAAAAAGGGUGUGGUUGCAGCAGGGGUGGGUGGGGGGUAGAUGGGGUUUAUGAGGUAUACACAGAGACAGAAAUCUUUUCUAUGCUAUCUGGAGGUAGUCUUCUCUAUUGAAGCAUUGUCAUUGUUUGUUAGCCUGUGCGGCUUCUUUUGGGAACAUGGAUAAUGACAUGGCUAAUCAAUAAAAGACUUUUAUUCCA